UAACAAUGUCCGGCGUCGCUGCACCGAGAGUCGCGAGUCGAGCGAUAAAUCACAAUCGAAUCGCAGAACAAUGCUCCGCGCGAGAUCUCGGGAGGGGUGCGCGCCCUAGCUGCGUGGAGCUGCGGCCACCCCUGUCCUCCACCCUCUCCAACCCUUAACACGAGCGUCAUUAGGUUCAAAUUGAAACGUACAACUACAUGAAAAAGUUUGCUCAUCUGAAUCCCAAUCGAUCUGCUUCCCCGAGCACAACACACGCCGACCACCAGUCUCGGGCUGCGAGCGUGGCCGCGAGCGGCUUUUUCAUUUUCCUAGUGUUUUCUGAGUGAUGUGCUAGUGUUUUGGUCCUAAGAUGGAGGGGCGGAGGUCCUGGGAUGGUGUGCCUUUGGGGGAGGCUCAUUCUCCGCCUCAGUCGGUGCCGGGGCGGCGGACGCCGCUGGGCGCCGUGGGGCUGGGCGGGUUCUACAUGCAGGGCGGGCAGCCUCCGCCCCAGCACUGCUACCCGACGGACGAGAACCAGCCGGAGCCCGGCACUAGCUACGGACAAAGUGGGUCCAUGGGAGAUGGCAAAUCAAAACAGAAGAUGCGUCAAGGAAAAACUGUCCGACUGAACAUAAACGCACGGGAACGAAGAAGAAUGCAUGACUUGAAUGACGCACUGGACGAGCUGCGCGGCGUGAUCCCCUACGCUCACUCACCGUCCGUCAGGAAGCUGUCCAAGAUCGCCACCUUACUGCUCGCCAAAAACUACAUUCUCAUGCAGGCCAGCGCAUUGGAGGAGCUGAGGAGACUGGUCGCCUACCUGCAAGGCACGGCCACAGCCGCCGGCAUCGUUCCUCCCGCUGGGUUCGACCUGGCCGGGUUCCCCGCCGCCGCCAAGUUCCUGCAGUCAGGCCCCUCCGCCGCGCCCCCGCCGCCCCCCGAGCCCCCCUCUUGAGACGCACUUAUCAAGCUGGAACCGCCCAUGGGCUGAACACCAUGCCUUAACGUAGUAAGAUGCGAUGGAUAUCUUAAGGAUAUCAAGCAAGGGCAAGCGAAAAUAUUAAGAAUAAUUUGACACUCGAUCAAUCUCGACUAGACUAGACUAAUCUAAGCAUUUCAAAUCUUUCUGUAUGAAAUUUGUGUCGUAGAACACAAUAAAGCGUGGCAAGGCAUCGACCUCUUUCUUAAAUUAAGUAAUACGUAUGUAGUAGUUAUUUUGGUUAAUUAGAUUAUAGAAUCCGACAACAUAAAAUAAUCUCAAUUAUUAACCCUGAAAGUGGAAGAAUCUAAUUGAUGAUGGGCGCUCAACUCUCGGUUUAG